UCCUGCUGCCCCCGCCCCCAACCCUAAGUCCUAGUGCCAUUGUGGUGCUCCUUGUUUACCUCGGACUCGGGCUGAGUGUGAGCUUGGCGACUUUUUGGGGGAGGGGGCGGGGAGUUUUUCGCCGCCGAGGCGGUGGAGGUGGCUGGGGUGCCUUCUGAUCGUCCCCCCCCCUCGCGCUCUCCCCCUCCCCGCAGUCCUUUCUGUUCCCCCCCUCCCCCGCCGCCGCCCCCCUCUCCCGACGCGCGCAGCCCCCGCGUCCAUGGACAGGGAGAGGGUCCUCAGGGCUGUUGUCGGCAAGGGCGGAAUCAAAAGUGGCAUCUUAGUGCCUUUCCGGGGCUCCCGUGGCGACCCUCGGCCCCUCACUCUCGCUGUCCCCUGGUAGAUACCCUUGUUGGGGGUGCGAGGCUGUGGGGGAAAAGUUUAAGGUUUGUUAAUAUUAGUCGCAAUUGUCCGGGAGGGGGUGGGGGCGCAUGGAGGAGAAGCGAGGUGGCCUUUCCCUCUCUGCGUUCUCUGGGGUUAUUGGAGAAUAAUAUUGUAAGUGACAGCCAGAAGUAGACUUUCUGUCCUCACACAACGAGCAAGAGGGAGGGAGGGAGGAAGGAGAGGGAAUUUUUUUUUUUUUUUUUUCUUGAGACCUUGUCCGCAGUGAUUUUUUUUUUUUUAAAGAGAUUUCCUCAGUCACCACCUCGCCUCCCCAGCACCACCACAGUGCACAGCUCAUAACGGGUUUUGCUUUGUUUUUACGAUUUCCCCCCAACGAAUCACUUGUCAGAUCAAUUUUAUCUUCUCCCUCCUCCCUACUUCCCACUCUCCCCUCCUCCCCCGUCGAAACUCGGUUCUCUGAGGUUAGACAUUUUACAAACCAUACAUGUUGUUUUUCGAAUUGUGAUUUUUUAAUAAACCUCCCCCCCCUUCCCAUGGCUACUCUUGUAGACAUUUAUUCCUGCCCUUCUCCCGUUUAGGGAGGGGGUAAGGGAAGAGAAAAUAAUACAAUUUCAGGGGAAGUCGCCUUCAGGUCUGCUGGUUUGGUUUUUUUUUUUUUUUUUUUUUUUUUUAAAGGACAUAGAAAACAUCAGUCUUAAACUUCACUUCAAGAACCCGGGCUGCAAAGGAAAUCUCCUUUGUUUUUGUUAUUUAUAUGCUGUCAAGUUUUGAAGUGGUGAUCUUUAGACAGUGACUGAGUAUGGAUCAUUUGAACGAGGCAACUCAGGGGAAAGAACAUUCAGAAAUGUCUAACAAUGUGAACGAUCCGAAGGGUCCACCAGCCAAGAUUGCCCGCCUGGAGCAGAACGGGAGCCCACUAGGAAGAGGAAGGCUUGGGAGUACAGGUGCAAAAAUGCAGGGAGUGCCUUUAAAACACUCGAGCCAUUUGAUGAAGACCAACCUUAGGAAAGGAACGAUGCUACCAGUUUUCUGCGUGGUAGAACAUUAUGAAAACGCCAUUGAGUAUGAUUGUAAGGAGGAACAUGCGGAGUUUGUGUUGGUGAGGAAGGAUAUGCUUUUCAACCAACUGAUUGAAAUGGCACUGCUGUCCUUGGGUUAUUCACAUAGCUCUGCUGCCCAGGCCAAAGGGCUAAUCCAGGUUGGAAAGUGGAACCCAGUCCCGCUGUCCUAUGUGACAGAUGCUCCUGAUGCUACUGUAGCAGAUAUGCUCCAGGACGUCUAUCACGUGGUCACACUGAAAAUCCAGUUACACAGUUGCCCCAAACUAGAAGACUUACCUCCCGAACAAUGGUCUCACACCACAGUAAGGAAUGCUCUGAAGGACUUACUGAAAGAUAUGAAUCAGAGUUCGUUGGCCAAGGAGUGCCCCCUUUCACAGAGUAUGAUUUCUUCCAUUGUGAACAGCACUUACUAUGCAAAUGUCUCAGCAGCAAAAUGUCAAGAAUUUGGAAGGUGGUACAAACAUUUCAAGAAGACAAAAGAUAUGAUGGUUGAAAUGGAUAGUCUUUCUGAACUAUCCCAGCAAGGUGCCAACCAUGUCAAUUUUGGCCAGCAGCCGGUCCCAGGGAACACAGCCGAGCAGCCUCCGUCUCCCGCACAGCUCUCCCACGGAAGCCAGCCCUCUGUCCGGACCCCUCUUCCGAACCUGCACCCUGGGCUUGUGUCGACGCCUAUCAGUCCUCAGUUGGUCAACCAGCAGCUUGUGAUGGCCCAGCUGCUGAACCAGCAGUAUGCAGUUAACAGACUUCUAGCCCAGCAAUCCUUAAACCAACAGUACUUGAACCACCCUCCCCCUGUCAGUAGGUCUCUGAAUAAGCCUUUGGAGCAACAGGUUUCAACAAACACAGAGGUGUCUUCUGAAAUCUACCAGUGGGUACGGGAUGAACUGAAACGAGCAGGAAUCUCCCAGGCAGUAUUUGCACGUGUGGCUUUUAACAGAACUCAGGGCUUGCUUUCAGAAAUCCUCCGGAAGGAAGAGGACCCCAAGACUGCUUCCCAGUCAUUGCUGGUAAACCUUCGGGCUAUGCAGAAUUUCUUGCAGUUACCAGAAGCGGAAAGAGACCGAAUAUACCAGGACGAAAGGGAAAGGAGCUUGAAUGCAGCCUCAGCCAUGGGCCCUGCCCCCCUGAUAAGCACACCACCCAGCCGCCCUCCCCAGGUGAAAACAGCUACUAUUGCCACUGAGAGGAAUGGGAAACCAGAGAACAAUACCAUGAACAUUAAUGCCUCCAUUUAUGAUGAGAUUCAGCAGGAAAUGAAGCGUGCUAAAGUGUCCCAAGCACUCUUUGCAAAGGUGGCCGCUACCAAAAGCCAGGGCUGGUUGUGCGAGCUGUUGCGCUGGAAGGAAGAUCCAUCUCCAGAAAACAGGACCCUGUGGGAGAACCUAUCCAUGAUCCGAAGGUUCCUCAGUCUUCCUCAGCCAGAGCGAGAUGCCAUUUAUGAGCAGGAGAGCAACGCGGUGCAUCACCAUGGCGACAGGCCGCCCCAUGUCAUCCAUGUUCCAGCAGAACAGAUUCAGCAGCAGCAGCAGCAACAGCAGCAACAGCAGCAGCAGCAGCAGGCACCACCACCAUCACAGCCACAGCCACAGCCACAGGCAGGUCCCCGGCUCCCCCCACGACAGCCCACUGUGGCCUCGCCUGCCGAGUCCGACGAGGAGAACCGGCAGAAGACCCGGCCACGAACCAAAAUUUCCGUGGAGGCCCUGGGAAUCCUCCAGAGUUUCAUACAAGACGUGGGCCUAUACCCAGAUGAAGAGGCCAUCCAGACUUUGUCCGCCCAACUUGACCUUCCCAAGUACACCAUCAUCAAGUUCUUUCAGAACCAGCGGUACUAUCUCAAGCAUCACGGCAAACUGAAGGACAAUUCUGGCUUAGAGGUGGAUGUGGCAGAAUAUAAGGAAGAGGAGUUGCUGAAGGAUUUAGAAGACAGUGUCCAAGAUAAAAAUGCCAACACCCUUUUCUCGGUGAAACUAGAGGAAGAGCUAGCCGUGGAAGGCCACACAGACAUUAAUGCUGAUCUGAAAGACUGAGAUCAAAGUGUUAUUUUCAUUCAACAGUGCCACUGGUAUUUACUAACAAAAUGAAAAGUCCACCUUGUGUUCGCUCAGAAAACCUUUGUUGUCCAUUGUUUGGCCAAUAAAUCUUCAGAAACUUGCACAAACAGGAAAGUUGGGAAGGAUAGAACAGACUGCACUAAAUGUUUUACAAACUGCUCGGCAGCCCCAGGUGAAGCAUCAAGGAUUGUUUGGUAUUAAAAUUUGUGUUCCAGGGAUGCACCACGGGUGCGUGCCCAGUCAGCAUGAUACCAGAGAUUUUUUUUUUUUAAUUAUAAUUAUUCUGGAGCCUCAAACAAGCAUUAUAACUUCUGUGGUUAUGCUUUCCUUUCCUUUAAUUAUUUCUAUAACACUCCACACUGAUCUUUGGAAACUUGCCCCUUAUUU